AUGUCUAGCACCCUUGGUGAGCAGACGAUCCCUGAAGCCAAGCUAGGUCAUUCUUCGACCCCAUCGGAGCCCAGAUGCGCUGAAUAUUAUGAGAUAGCCCAACCAGAGGGCCGUGCGAUCGCCAAUGACAGUUUCUGUCUACCAUUUGUCUCCUUACAGCCGAAGCUAUCCUUUCAGAUCAAUCAAUGUACCUUCUGGAACAAGAACUCUGUCUUUCCAAUUUUCAACAUAUGGCGUCCUGGAUAUUUUGGUAUCUCUCUUCCAGAGCUAGGAUCUGACCCCGUCAAGUUCAAAAGGAAGAACGACUUCAUUGUGACUGGACGCGAAGAUGACAUGGAGGCUUGCAAGACAAGCAACACAGAUGCCAUUCCCUUUAGCACAGAAGGCUUAGUGGCCGGUAUCAACGUCCACCCACCCCCCUGGUAUGGAUGUAGGGUGUGCAACUGCCACCGAGGAUACGUGUUCUUGCCGAACGGCGAGCGCUGGAAUUGGACUGAAAUUGACCGCGAAUACUAUCAAUUCAAGCCCGAAGAUGACAGCCGAAAUCAGAAUGUCCCAUGGAGGGCAUUGAUAUGGCAGUUCGGAAGCAGCUUGGAGGCUUCUAAUGGAGUCCCAGCAGACUUGCCAUUUGCUCUAAAUCGAGAUACUCGAAUCUGUCGUGUCAGAGAAUUUGGCUCAGUAUCCAACCCACUUAUGGCUGGAGGACCUGUUGCCGUGAUGAAUCGGGACGGAUUUGUCUUCUUGAAUGGGGUGGGGCCGAAGAUGGCCGAACUUCAGACUGAGGAUAACCGAGCUUUAAUUCUUAUGUCCGGCCUUGCAAUUGUGCAGUAUGAAGGCUGGCUAGCAGAAAGAUAA